CAGUGAGGUGCGGGUGAGGGCAAAGUCCCGUAGCGCGACUUCCGGUUCCGGCGAGGCGCGGAGCUCCUGGAGGUAGUCUCGGGCUCGCCGCGAUGCCCCUGCACAAGUUCCCGGUCAAUCUGUGGAAGCAGCUCAGGCUGCGGGACGGCAUCUACUCCCGCCUGCCCCAGCACUACCUGCGCUCCCUGGAGGAAACGAGGACGCCCACUCCCGUGCACUACAGGCCACACGAGGCCAAGUUCAAAAUCAACCCCAAAAACGGGCAGCGGGAACGCGUGGAGGAUGUGCCCAUCCCUGUUCACUACCCUCCGGAGUCCCAGCUGGGGCUCUGGGGAGGUGAGGGCUGGAUCCUGGGCCACAGAUACGUUAACAACGACAAGCUCUCGAAGAGGGUGAAGAAAGUAUGGAAGCCACAGCUGUUUCAGCGUGAGCUCUAUAGUGAGAUCCUGGACACGAAGUUCUCCGUGACCGUGACCAUGCGCACCUUGGACCUCAUCGAUGAGGCCUACGGGUUCGACUUCUACAUCCUGAAGACCCCAAAAGAGGACCUGUGCUCCAAGUUUGGGAUGGACCUGAAGCGAGGGAUGUUGCUACGGCUUGCCCGACGGGACCCCCAGCUGCACCCAGAUGACCCUGAGAGAAGGGCAGCCAUCUAUGACAAGUACAAGGAGUUUAUCAUCAAGGAAGAGGAGGCCGAGUGGGUUGGUCUGACACUGGACGAGGCUGUGGAGAAGCAGAGGCUUCUGGAGGAGAAGGACCCUGUUCCUCUGUUCAAGGUCUACGUGGAAGAGUUGAUUGAGCAGCUUCAGCAAGAGGCACUAUCUGAGCCAGCGGUGGUGCAGAAGAGAGCCAGCGGGAAGUGACCGUAUAGUGACUGACCUAUGCCUGACAGUCAGGCUCAGCAUCCUGUGUUGUCCCUUGGCCACCUCCACUUACCCACCCUUUGGCAGUCUGGGGCAAUGGCGAGAGCCACUUGUGGUCAGUUGGUAAACCAUUCUUGUGUGUGCUGGCCAUGCAGCUCCUAGGUGCAGUGGGCUUUGUGGAGGCUCUAAGGGAUCCCAAGAUCCCCAGAGACCUGGGGCCAUUUCACUGCCUCUGAGGUCCCCCUCCUCCUGCAGCAGAGGCCCAGCCAAGGCAGGUUCAUCACACUGGGGGCAGCACGAGUAAAGUCUGAGCUGGGCUGUGUGUGUGUUGUUUUGCUUGGAGGACUGGAGAUCUCCUUCGUAGUCCUGUUGCCCUCAGCCCCAGGGACCCUGGAUGCAGCUGAGAUGGGUGGUGGUCCACAGCUGAGCAUGGGAAUGAGAUUGGUAUUGGUGUUUCUUUUCUCUGGGAGAGAAUCCCGAGAAAUUGAAGGCAUUCUGUGGUAGGGCAGGACGGUACUUGCCCCUCCCAGUUGUAUGUCCCUGCCUAUUCUGGAAUGUUCUCCUUUGGAAGUGACUGGGAAAUGUGCAUUCCAGCAUGCCCUUUGGGAUGGUGAGUAUCCCCAACCAAUUCAGAGAAGCAGGGAUCCUCAGAGGGCACUGCUGGUGGAAGCAUCUCACAGGGAAAGCCUUGAAUCAGGAGCUGUCAGCAUGGCCACACGGACCUGCAACUUGGGCAUGCCCUCUUUGGCUGACCUACACCUGAUCCCAGGCCAGGAACUCUGACGUCUUUCUUGCUCUAAGAUUAGGGGUGCCUUGGCCCUCUUCUCUAACCCUUAUCUGGAAGUUCUGAGCAUUGAAACCCAUUCAGGCCUUUGGAAGCACAAGGAAGGGUUCCCCUGACUUAGUCUUGGCAACUGGCUAAGGGGUACCGGGCUCCCCUGAGGGGUGAUAUGGAGGUGACAACACCUGGGCUAUGUUCCUGGUGGUGGAGGCCAAAGGGAGCAUGUGGCUGGCCAGUGGGCACAGCUGCAGGAGAGUUCUGGAGAUCCAACAGUUCAUAAGAGGGUCAUCAAGGGUCAGGGCCUGCCUUGGAGUUAGAGCCCUGGGGGGGUGUGUCCCCGAGAACUCUGUUCAUAGCUAGGCACAGUGUCACAGCCCCACGCUCCUCUGGGAGUGUCUUCAUGCUUCUCACACAAGAGUGAUUCCCCAAAUAAUAUUCCUACUUUGUGAACAGUUUUUAAUUUUUAAAAAAAUUUACCAAAAGUUGACGUGCCUAGCCUUCUGCUCCAGUUCUGGUGGGCUAGUAAGGCCCAGCUCAGUUGUUUGAACCACAGCCCUUGACUUUAGCCAGAUUGGUGGUGUUCUGGAUGGGCCAGCCCUCUCCAUGUUCCCAUGUUCCCAUGUUCCUAUCACAGUUCCCAUGUUCAGCCCUGAACUGAAUCAAGCUGAUCCCUUUCCCUCCCUUAGCCUAGUACCUGGGUCUCCUGUGUGGUGUGCACCCCAGACAUCCUCAGUUCAUUGACCUUGGCUCUGUUAUCCCUCUCACCUACUCCUUUCCACCCCAAUGAAGGCCACAGGUAGAGGGGGGCUCCUGCCAAGACAUGUAGGGGUCCAUGUGUCAGAUUCCUGGGGUCUCUGAGGGACCUGGGGCUGGCAUAGGGCAUAUAGCUAGAGCGGGAUGGGGCUGAAUUUGGGCUUUGGUCUCCCUGUCAGCACUGGUAGGCCACAAGAUGAGUGUCUGAGUUCCAGCCUACACUGACUUGGGGCUACAGCUCUGCUUCCCCUAGGGCCUAGGGGUUACCACAACGGUGGCUCAGGAUGGCUUCUGGUGCUGCUGACCAGUGGGAGGAGCUUGGCAUGGCUUCAGCAGAUCACUCACAUCCCUAUAAUCUGAGGCUGGACUGAGGUGGGAGUCUGAGUGAGCCUUGGCCCCAAGUCUCCAAAACUUGAGCCCUUUUCUGGAGGGAGGCAGCAUCAGUUUGUUUCCUCAAAUUCUCAAAAAUAUCCUUGACUCAACAAAGGUUAAAAAGCCUUCAGUGAAUGACACCUCUCUACCCCAAAUAAAACAAUAAUACAGGU